CCAAGAUCGCCAUGUUCUCUUCAAAGCUCAUCACACCACAAGAUUUCCACGAGAUACACUCUCAAUCCCACGAUGACAGCCAAAGAAUCAUCCCCGUGGCCGCCGGUCGCACCGCGCACAUUCCCUUCUUCAAUGCCAGCCACAUCCCGGGUUCGAUAUUCUUCAAUAUGGACAUCAUCCGGAACCCAGACACUCCGUAUCCAUUAAUGGUGCCCACUCCCGCGACUUUCUCGCGCGAGAUGUCCAAACUCGGUCUCCGUCCCAGCGACGUCGUGGUGGUCUACGACGCCGCAGAGAUAGGAACCUACAACGCUCCGCGGGUGGCGUGGAUGUUCCGCAUUUUUGGUCACAAGCAUGUCCAUGUCCUGAACAACUUCAGGCUAUAUAAAGAACUGGGUCUUCCCGUGGAAACGGGGGAUGUUGUGGGACACACUCUACCCCGCGAAUCAGGAGAGGCGGAGACGUAUCCUUGUGCUCAGAUUGAUCAGGAGAAGGUCAUAUCGUACUCGGACCUGUGUGAUCUUCUCGCGCAAGCCGACCAAACUUACCAAAUCCUGGACACGCGCACAAACGCCCUGUUUACCGGAGAGGACGGAUACUCAGACCCAAGUAUUCAAAGAGGCCACAUCCCCGGCUCUGUGAACAUUCCUCUGUCAACGGUAUUGAAUGAGAAUGGUGCGAUUAAGACACCGUCGGAGUUGAGAGCCUUGUUUGAACAGUCCGGGCUCAGUGAGAAGCCAGUUAUUCUAAGUUGCAAUUCUGGGGUCACGGCGGCGACGGUGGAGGUGGCGUUGGAGGAGUCGGGGUAUGCAAUGCCCAAGAGGUUGUACGACGGGAGUUGGAUGGAGUGGGGGAAAGUUUCUUCUCCGGCGUCUAUUGCGAGGGGAAAGGAGUGAAUGAAGUGCGGGAUAUAGGUGCAUGCCAUAGAAAAUAGAUUUCCUAGAACCCCUGGGUACUGGCCUUCUGGGAAGUCCCAACGUCUGAAAAUCGUGGCUGAUUGCAUCCAGGGCCUGUAUAAGCUGUAUUUGAUCUAU